AUGAUAGCUAUGUGCACAACAAAGCCCAGCGAUGAGCUCAUCAGCCAAACGGUGUUCAAGACGGUCCAGAACGCAGCAGGCACAUUAGAUCAGGGCAGACUCUUUUCGAUAAUUGAGACAGCUGGAGGAGUUCUGAGCCCAGGACCUUCCGGCACCCCACAGGCGGAUAUCUUUCGACCACUACGACUUCCUGCGGUGCUCGUAGGCGACCACCGGUUAGGUGGCAUCGCCUCUACUAUAUCAGCUGCGGAGUCCCUGAUCAUGCGAGGAUAUGAUAUCGAUGCCGUUGUGUGUUUCGACGACAAGAGCCAAUAUGAGAACGCGGAUUACUUAAAGAAGUAUUUCAUGGAUAUGGGUAUACCAGCUUACAAACUACAAUGGAUUCCGAAUCUCCAAGGUGUUGCUCCAGGUACCGAAGGAGAGAAGGAAAUUAUGCGGAACUACUACGACACGGAAAGCGAUAGUAUGAUAGUAGGAAAGGUUGCCGAGGACCUGAUUCAUCGCCACGACCAGCGACUCAGCCGCCUAGGAUCCAUGCCGUACGAAACCGAGGACAAGAUUUGGCAUCCUUUCACACAGCACAAGCAUGUGAAGAACGCAAACGACAUACUAGUCAUCGAUUCGGCAUAUGGCGACUUCUUCCAGGUCAAGCACAAGGGAAAUGAAGAGGUGCCCCAUCCUGAGAACCAGACCUUGUACCCAGCAUUUGACGGCUCCGCAUCAUGGUGGACGCAAGGUCUUGGACACGGUAAUCCGCGAUUGGCACUGGAAGCAGCAUAUGCAGCAGGACGCUAUGGUCAUGUCAUGUUCGCCGGCGCCACACACGAACCAGCUCUCACUCUAGCGGAAAAGAUACUUUCGGGCUCGCCACGAGGGACUCGUUUGAGGAAAGUGUUCUACACAGACAACGGAAGUACAGCGACAGAAGUCGGUAUCAAAAUGGCGCUUCGUGCGUCCAGUAAGCGCUAUGGCUGGGAUAGCGCGAAAGAGGCCGUUGGCGUCCUUGGACUCAAAGGCAGCUACCACGGAGACACGAUUGGGGCCAUGGAUGCCUCUGAACCUUGUGUCUUCAACGAGAAAGUCGACUGGUAUCGCGGUCGCGGAUUCUGGUUUGACUACCCGACCUUCAAGCUCAAGAAUGGCCAAUGGGUAGUCGAACCGCCUAAGGGCAUGGAAGAAGAAUUGGGUCCAGCUCAGAACUUUGAGAGUCAAGACGGGAUAUUCGAUUUCGCUACCAGAGGUAGAUCGGCGCAGUACGAGGCCUACAUAGAGAGAACACUAGACGAGCUGGUCAAGAAGCAAGGCAAGAAGUUCGGUGCCUUGGUACUAGAGCCUGUCGUCCUCGGAGCCGGAGGUAUGCUAUUCGUGGACCCGCUUUUCCAGCAAAGCUUAGUGCGCGUCGUCCGUCAUUACGACUUUGCAAACGGCUCCAAGGUUACGGAAUCUCCGAAGGAGGAGAAUGCUUGGUCUGGUCUUCCUGUCAUGUUUGAUGAGGUGUUCACUGGUUUGUACCGUCUGGGCCGCUUCUCUGCGGCCUCAUUCCUUGAUAUCCACCCGGACAUAAGCGUGAAUGCGAAGUUGCUUACGGGAGGUUUGCUUCCGCUUUCGAUUACCAGCGCCAGCCAAUCCAUCUUCGAGGCUUUCUUGGGCGACGAGAAAUCGGAAGCUCUCCUGCAUGGACAUAGCUAUACCGCUCAUGCAGUCGGGUGCCACGUUGCAAACACAAGUCUAGACAUCAUGGAGAAAUUGAACUUGGGCCAUGAGCGGAACUUGGCCGAGAACGAGGACAAGAUGGUAAGCCAUGAUAACGGCAAUCGUGUGUGGAGUAUGUGGUCCGACUCCUUCGUGGCAAGCGUCUCAAAUCAUGAGAGGGUUGAGUAUGUGAACGCGCUGGGUUCAGUGCUGGCCGUAUCGCUCAUUGACGAAGGCGGCUCCGGCUACACUUCUUCUGCAGCGGUCGGCCUUCGCGAUGCUUUACUCCACGAUGGCUCUGAAUCACAGGUACAGAUUCAUUCGCGCAUACUGGGUAAUGUCAUCUACCUCAUGGCGAGCAUGACUGCGACGCGCUCUCAACUAGUCCCUAUAGAAGCGGCAUUCAUGGAAAAGUUGGGAAGUGUUACAAAAGCUUGA